ACAACGAUCUUCUCUGCACGCCAUUUUGUAAUUUUGAGCAUGUUGACUCUUCUCCUGUAAAAUGAUUUUCUUUUCGUUGUUAAAAUGUAGUGAUGGUGUAGUUUUAUAAAUAUUAAAGUGAAGAAGAGAAAUAAACCAAAAUGGAAAUGCCGGAAGUAAAAUCGUUCAACGCGGAGUUAUCCGCGUUGUACGACAACAAGCCGCCGAUAUCAAAGGCGAAGAUGAGUGCAAUCACCAGAGGUGCUAUCAAGGCCAUAAAGUUUUAUAAACAUGUAGUGCACAGUGUUGAAAAGUUCAUACAAAAGUGCAAGCCAGAGUAUAAAGUGCCUGGUCUUUACGUGAUAGAUUCAAUAGUGAGACAAUCGCGGCAUCAAUUUGGACAAGAUAAGGAUGUGUUCGCGCCGAGGUUUGCUAAGAACAUGCAGCAAACGUUUGCAAACCUCUUUAGAUGUCCUCCUGAAGAUAAGCGCAACAUAAUCCGGGUGCUGAAUUUGUGGCAAAAGAACAAUGUGUUCAGUCCCCAAGUUAUUCAGCCUUUGUUGGAUAUGGCAGACCCCAACCAUCCAUUGCAUCAGGAGAUACAACAACAGCAAAACAAUACUGCUAAUGGGAGCAGUCUGAACAUCAGUCACAAUGCAUCAGACAACAAGAUAUCACCUGUGCCCCCACCACUCCACACCCCACAGUCUUCCACGCCCAUGGGUGAUCAGUUCCAGGAUCAGCCAUCGGGCCCUCCAGCGAAGUUCAACAGGAAGUUGUUGAAUGACUUUGAGUACGAGAGUGAGGACGACGCUCCGCCCGAGCCGCCGCCCUCGCACACACACUCACACACCAGCCAUACCUCACACACUGGACAUAAUGCACAGCAGAACCCGGCUGAUGCUUUAGGAAGUAUAUUAACAAAUCCAGAAAUCAUGAGGCAACUACAUAGUUUGCAGGCGCAAAUCGUCGCCAUGUCAGGCAAUCUGAUGCCUAUGAUGCCUGAUCUACAAAUGCAACAAAAUCAAGGCCUUCCAUUUAUGGGAUCCCAACAAGAGUCCCAGAAACAGAAUGACCCCAAAGAUGACAUGGUGGAGUCUGAUAUAGAGUUUGUGGAAACCGGCCCACAAGUUAUAGAAAUACCUGAUGCUAAUGAUUCUAGUCCGUCACCGAAAUCUCGGAGACACCGUUCAAGGUCAAAGUCGCCGCGACGUCGACGGAGGUCAUCCAGAUCAAGAUCAAGAUCACCCAGGAGAAGGAGGGACAGAGACCGCGAUAGAGAUAGAGAGAGAGAUAAAGACAGAGACAGGGAUAAAGACAGAGAAAAGAAUUACAAAGAGCGAGAAGCUGAAAGAGAAAAACAAAGAGAAAGAGAGAAGAAAGGUCUACCACCUAUAAAGAAAGAAAACUUAAGUGUGUGCAGCACGACGCUGUGGGUGGGGCACCUGUCGAAGCUGGCGACGCCGGAGGAGCUGUCGGACCUGUUCGGCGGCGUGGGCGGCGUCAGCGCCAUCGACGUGGUGGCGCCGCGCGGCUGCGCCUUCGUCGUCAUGGAGCGGCGCCGCGACGCCGCCAAGGCCAUCGCCAAGCUCAACCGCCACAAGCUGCACUCUAAGGAGAUCACUGUGGCAUGGGCACCAGGAAAAGGCGUGAAGGGUCGCGAGUGGAAGGACUACUGGGAGGCGGAGCUGGGCGUGGCGUACCUGCCGUGGGCCGCGCUGCAGGCGCGCUGGGCGCUGGGCGCGCUGUCGCUGGACGCGCUGGAGGACGGCGGCAGCGUCGAUGAAGACACGCUGCCGCCUUGGUUGCCGCCCAGGAUAUUACCGAAGUCGAUGAUGGAGAACAUGUCGAUGCUGGGGCUACCAGGGGCCGGCGCGGCGCUGCCGCUGGGCGCGCUGCCGCCCGCGUCGCUGCCGCCCGCCUCGCUGCCGCCCGCCAUGCCCACACUGCCGCCCGGGGCGACUGCAGGGAUUAAUAUUCCGAGGAUGCCGCCGCCUGGCAUGCAAGCAGGUAUGCCGCCGGGCCUAGCGGGCAGUUUGCCGCCCGGCAUCAGGCCGCCCAACAUCGCCAGCAUGCCGGGCCUGCCCAACAUGCCUGCCGGAGUGCCUGCGUCAGCAUUUGUCUUAGGGCUACAGAGCGAGGCGGGCUUGCCGCCGACCGGUCUGCUGCGCUUCCCGCCCGGCCUGCCGCCGCAGUCGCUCACACAACCUGGUAUGGUGGGUGGUUUCCUGAGCGGUCUGUUAGGCGUAGGCGUGGGUGUAGGCGGGCUGGUGGGAGGCGUUCCCUUACUACAGCAUACGUUGCCGCCACAAGCUACGCCACCUGCUGCGAGAACGGGUGAAACCCAUCAUAGUGACGAUGCCAUGGAUCUUGACACGGAAGACAAUCACGGCGAUGAACCCAGCGCCGAGACCAAUGAUACUACCGCACCGCCACCGGCGCUAUUGCCUGAUCAGAUCCAAGCGCUACUAUCAAUUCCUCCCCCCAACUUCAACUCUUCAGAACCGCCUCCAGGCUUCAACAUCUCAGAACCGCCGCCUUUCAACGCGUCACAACCACCUCCCGACGAGAAACAUGACGACGACAGGAAAGAUAGGGAUAGGGACCGCCGGGGAGGCGACAGGGAUAGGGAUAGGAGAGGGGAGAGGGAUAGGGAGAGAAGAGAGAGGGGAGAAAGAGGAGAUAGGAGAGAGAGGGACCGUGGGAGGGAUAGAGAUCGUGACGGAAGAGAAGACCGCAGAGAUCGCGAUAGAGAUAGGGGACGCGACAGGAGGGAUCGAGACCGCGAUAGAGACAGGGGAGGAGAUAGAGAGCGAUUCUCUUCUAGAGAUAAUAACAGAGAACAAACAAACAGCCGCGAAAAAUCCCCCCGCCCCCCACCAGGGCCAGAAAACCCCGAAAAGAGCUUACAAGAACGACUCUGGGAGAUGGCCAAUGGCAAACCCGCGAGGGAGGACAAGAGGGAUGAGUUCCCCGAGCAGAGGGACCGGGAGGACUCGAGGGACGAACAGAGGAACGAUAGGCCUCCGCUCAUAGACAGAGUACCGGCCCGACAUGAUGGGCCGCCCGCUAAUAUGGAUAAUGCGGAGGGCGCGGGCGGGCCGGGCCGGGCGCCGCGCCUGCCGCCGCCGCACCUGCAGCCGCACUUCCGCGCCGAAUUGAGAAUGAGAGGACCGCCUAGACCCCCGAUGUCAGGACCCUGGAUGGAUGGCCCCGGACCAGGACCGGGCCCCUUCGGCCCCCGCUUUAACGGCAUGGGCCCGCCCUUCAACCGGCCGCCAUUUGAUGGCCCGCGACCUCCCUUCGACGGCGGCCCGCCCAUGUUCGAAGGCGGACCACGAUUUGAGCGACCGCCGUUUGGUCGCAUGCCAUUUGACGCCAUGAACCGCCCGCCCUUCGACGGUCCCCGCCCACCUUUUGAUGGUCCUCGCCCACCUUUUGACGGACCACGACCUCCCUUCGACGGGCCCAGACCCUUUGAUGGUCCACCAUUUGACGGCGACAGACCUCCCUUCGACGGUCCCCCGCGCUUCGACGGACCGCCUGAGUUCUUCGACCGUCCCCGAAGAUUCGAUGAUCGCGAACAGUUCGGAGACCGAGGCUGGAAUGGUGACCGCGACCGCGACCGAGACUGGGGAGACCGCAGACCCGACUGGGACGACCGACGCCGGGAUAGGAGGCAACCUAGAGAUCACGAAGACAAUCGGUUCAACAGACAGGACCGAAAUGAUAGGAGGAGGACCUUCGAUGAUAACCAGCAGAAUAGAGGCAAUGACCACAGACGAGGUGAUGAUAACCAACAAAAUAGAGUUAACGAUGCUCGCCGCGGUGACGACAGCACGCAGAACAGAAACAAUGACACGCGUAAGCCUGAUGACAGAUCCACUGACCGCGAUGAAUCAAGCAAAUCGAAACCUAAAGACGACAGAUCUGACAGAAGUGAAAGGAAUUCAAGGCGGGAGAGAGAUCGAAAAUCUAGAUGGGGAGCCGCUGAAGAGGCAGAGACCGCCGGCAAUGGUGACGAUGACAAGCCUAAGGAAGCCAGCCCGCCUGCGGCCGCGGCUCUAGAAACAAACGAGGCUGGACAAGAAGAACAAGCUGAGCCCAUUGAAGCCAGUGAGAGUAUUCCCUCCGAGGAAGCUCAGCCCAUGAGCCAGGAGUCUCCUCGCGACACCACGCCUAGCACGGAACCUUCCGCAGCUCCAGAACAGUCUGAGGAGACAAGUAGUCAGGAGAACGAUAAAACGGAAUACUCUCCUCCUGAACCGUCUUCUAAUUCCUCUCCCCCGCGGACAGCAGUGUCAGAUGAACCCUCUAACGAUCUAUACGACGCGGAUGAAUCCGUCGACACCAGUUUCUCAGCCCCCGCCCCAGUACAAACUGAGUCGAGCGAGUCACCUCCCUCGCCUAUCGUUGAAAAAGAACCUAUGGAAGUAGAAAGUGAGGAUUCCAAGACUGUCGAUAUGUUCAGCCCAGAAAGAAAACAAAAAGAAAGUAGCCCCGACAGAGAACAAGAGAGCUCUCAGGAGAAUGAAGCCGGAGAGUCGCAGAGCAGCGCAGAGAGCAAGGAAGGUGCCGCUUGACAGCGGCGCAAGUGGAAAGUUGGGUAUUUCCAGUGGAAAUGAUUCGGGUGACGCUCGGCGCCGCGCUGUGCCGCCCGCCGCCGCCACCGCCGAACCGUUAUAACGCCAAAGAUAUUUUUUAUACACGAAACAAAAAAAGUUGAAAUAUACGAGUGCCUUAUUGGUUACCCAAGUGUUUUGUUUUGCUCGCAUCCGGCACGGCAUCCGGCACGGCUCGGCUCGCGUGAAGAGGAACGCGCCUGGGCACUCAAGUCGAGUGACCCGGGCCAGGUACGGUUGCUAAUGAUACUUCGUACGCAAGUCCAGAACAAUUGCACACCACUCACAGUUUGCAACAUGUCCGCGACUACAUUCAUUAAUUCAAUCUUAUUGUCCCUUGAGCAUAUUCACAUUUGCAAUGGUUGUUUGUGUACUCCCUCCGGUAUUAAACGAUGCUACAUGUUGCAACGGUAAACUUGUCUAAAUAUUGAAACAUAUGCACAAUUGUACUCGGCGGGCGUCCUUAUUUUAUUAUUGCAUAAUGUCGAAAUGGAAUCAAUGUAAUACAGUACAUCACUUUAUAUAUUUAUGAAAUGAAAUGUUUUAAUUAAAUAAUAUUUAUAUGAUGCAAAUGAUUGCCAUUUCGACAUAUUAUAUCGCUAGCAAUGUGUGCAAAAUACCUUGGCGGCGGCCGCGUCACCCGAAUCAGCCACGGAUAUACACCGAAGAGUUUCGACGAACGACAAGAACGGAAGAUCACUCCAUGUAUCUAUUGUCUUCACGGAAUCGCGUGUUUUAGCUAUUGUGUUACGUCCACGUUACGACGAUUUUAUUAAGUUCUUUAUUAUUUUUUACUUGACUAAUUUCGAUUACUCGAAUUGUAUGUGUAUACUUUACUUUGGGCAACACUCGUUGCAGUAAUAUUAAUCAAAAUUACCACCAAAACUUGUUAGUACUGUUUCGCACUUUCUAAAACUAUAAAUGAUUUUAAAAUUUGACUUUUGUCUUAGAUAACUUGGUGGUGGUAGGGAAAGGAUUUUAAAGUAACUAUUUAAAUCUAUUUUAUAGAAUAUCGACAUAAACAUGUUUUAUAAAUUUAUAUAGGCACUAUAUCUGUAGUUAAAUUGUUUAUGGAUUUAGGUUUAUAGUAGGCUGGCAAUAAGUAUACUUUACUUUUGAAGGACAUAAGCGCAAAGUGCGCUAUGUGUAACGCUUCAUAGUAUCGAUGUUUAUAUGUAACAUAUUUUUAUAAAAUUAUAAUGUGAGUCUUAUUAUAUCAUUGAGAUUUACCUACUCCAUUACUUUGAACUUUUCAAUAUUAGGUAUUUAGCUGUGUAGAUAAACAUUAUAAUUUCAAUGCAUGCUUCAAUGUUUGUCAUAUUUGCUUGAAUAAAAAUUUAUAAAACUCA